AUUAGCUAGCUGGGAAAAGCUUGGUCGUGUGUUUGGGGUUUUGAGUUUUUUUUUUUCUUUUCUUUUUUUUCAUAAUCGUAAACGAAACGAAAGAACCGAACAUUGUUUAUACGUUUCCGUUCCUUCCUGUGCGAAAAUAUAAUCGCCGGACUCCGCGUUUGCACGGUAAAAUGAGAAAACACACGGUCAGGACUGUUGCUCAGUAGGAUAGGGGUUUGUUUUGGAAGGCUCGUUGAACUUUCAAAUGAUUAUUAGUGAUCCUCAUAGAGUAUAAAAUGUUAUGUUAGUUGCAGAAAUACCUUGUUAUUGAGGUAAAUUAGUUGUCUGCAGUAUGUGAUACCCCGGUGUGCAUUUAGUUCUGAUAUCUGCCUUGUUGUAACGUUUACUGCUCGUGUAGAUAGACUGUGACACCAAGCUGUGCCAGACUUGCUCACGUUCCGCACGUCUUACUACUUCUCAGGAUCCCAAUGAUGAGUUAUGCUGAAAAGCCAGAGGAUAUCACAAAAGAGGAGUGGAUGGACAAAUUAAACAAUGUUCACAUACAGAGAGCAGACAUGAAUCGGCUCAUUAUGAAUUACCUGGUGACAGAGGGGUUCAAGGAGGCAGCGGAGAAGUUCAGGAUGGAGUCUGGGGUGGAACCGAGUGUGGACCUGGACUCUUUGGAUGAACGGAUAAAGAUCAGAGAGAUGAUUCUAAAGGGCCAGAUACAGGAUGCUAUUGCACUCAUCAACAGCCUUCACCCAGAGCUGCUUGAUACCAAUCGAUACUUGUAUUUUCAUCUGCAGCAGCAGCAUUUGAUUGAGUUAAUCAGGCUAAGAGAAACUGAGUCAGCACUUGAAUUCGCUCAGACACAACUUGCAGAGCAAGGGGAAGAAAGCCGAGAGUGUCUGACAGAGAUGGAGCGAACGCUAGCCCUUCUGGCCUUUGACAACCCAGAGGAGUCGCCCUUUGGAGACUUGCUCAACAUGAUGCAGCGACAAAAGGUCUGGAGCGAGGUGAACCAAGCUGUGCUGGACUAUGAAAACAGGGAGUCUACGCCCAAACUGGCUAAACUCCUGAAGUUACUGCUGUGGGCUCAGAAUGAGCUGGACCAGAAGAAGGUGAAAUAUCCCAAAAUGACUGACCUUAGCACGGGCACCAUCGAGGAUCCCAAGUGAAAAUUACAGACAAGCGCAUCCACCUUCCACAUCCCCUUAAUUUAUAAUCAGUCAGUGACUGUGUGAUUACCAGGUGACAUGUAUGUAUAAACAGAUUCUACAUUGUUUUGUUGUUUUUUUUUCCCACAUUUCAUUCAUGACAGGUAAAACUUACCUCAUUGUGCAAACUGUAGGUUGUUGUUAUCGCUAAGUAACAGAAUUAAUUCUGUUUAUUUACAGAUCUUUUUAGCUGGAUCUUGGUGAAAACCAAAUUCAAAUAGCUGUUUUUAUAUUUUGUCUUUUUAAAGCCUGAGAUGUUGGCAUUAUUUAUUGUGACCAUUUUCCCCAGCAAGACUACAUUUCUACUAAGAUUGUCAAAUGGAUUUGUUACUGUGUAUGGAGCUGAAAUCUGGACUCCCGAUGAAGGAGGGGCUGUGCUGCUCAGCCCGUGGAGACGUGAUAAAUGCUCUCAUUUGCUGAAUAUGUGUUUAGACUGAGCUGGUGGAUGGUUUCAGGUCAGAAAGUGAAUUUAAAAUUGAAAUUUCAUUAACAAAAUGUGAAUAUUUUUCAAAUAAAUGGCAAGCUACACGUUA